AUGCCGUGACGGUCGCCAUGAUGAUGUCGGGAUUUGCCCGCAGCAGCAGCGAGCAGUGAGAGAGACACACGGCGACCGGGAGCAGAGCAGCAGAAGAAGGCAGAGUCCUCCACCGACAUGACCGAGCACACACAUUUUCUCCUCCUCGCAACGUACCUUCUCUUGACAAGUGCAUAUCACUUCGAUUUGAAAACCAACGUGUUUAAUCAGUCGCCGUUUUGAGGACAGCACGGUUCAUAUAUGAAAAGAGGAGAAAUUUAAAGGCAAAAACAGCUUGCAAAGGCUUUCGCAGUCCUGCCAGAGGAGGGGCAAAUGGAGCUUUGUAGCAAUGCAGAUCCCGUAAUGCUGAUGCGCUUGUGUUACUGCAUAAUGGAUGGAUAACCACAUGUAUCACUAUAUUUCAGGGGAUUAUUUUAAACUUCUUUGGUGACUUAUUUUGUGGACAGUGUUCCAUAAAGGAGAAGCUGCAAUCUGGAGAAGGGAAAGCAAAACAUAAGGUCAGAUAGUACGUCAAAUCCACCAGCCAGGGCAGGGUCGAUGGCUGAAAGUUAUCUUUAAUGCACCUAAGGACAGCAAAUUCGUGAUGUUGUGGUGAUAUGAUGGUCGCCCUGGUGCGAGGAGGACCAUGAUUGAUGCGCUGAAGCUUGACAAUAAUUUGUGCUUGCCUUGAGCCUUUGAGUUUGUCUUUUCCUUUUCUUUUUUUUAAAGGAGAGACAUCUGAAGCCCAGUUGCCCGUUUGCUACUGUGGAAGCAAAGAUUGACCAUACUGUGAGACUGCAACACCAUUUGAAACCAUGUCUGGAGAGGUGCGUUUGAAGAAACUGGAGAAACUGAUAUUAGAUGGCCCGGCUCAGUCCAACGGCCAGUGCUUCAGUGUGGAGACCCUGUUGGAUAUUCUCGUCUGCCUUUAUGAUGAGUGCAAUAAUUCCCCUCUGAGAAGAGAGAAGAAUAUUUUGGAGUUCCUCGACUGGGCCAAACCUUUCACUUCCAGUGUCAAACAGAUGCGCUUGUGCAAGGAAGAUUUUGAGAUCCUGAAGGUGAUUGGACGGGGAGCUUUCGGAGAGGUUGCAGUAGUAAAGGUGAAAAAUUGCGACAAAGUAUUUGCCAUGAAGAUCCUUAACAAAUGGGAAAUGCUGAAAAGGGCUGAGACGGCAUGUUUUCGGGAGGAACGGGACGUGCUGGUGAACGGGGACAGCCAGUGGAUCACGACAUUACAUUAUGCUUUCCAAGACGAGAACAACUUGUACCUGGUUAUGGACUACUAUGUAGGGGGAGAUCUGUUGACACUGCUCAGUAAGUUUGAAGAUCGUUUACCUGAGGACAUGGCCAAGUUUUAUCUGGCUGAGAUGGUGCUGGCUAUUGACUCUGUACAUCAGCUACAUUAUGUUCACAGGGAUAUUAAGCCAGACAAUAUCCUGAUGGACAUGAACGGUCAUAUCCGAUUGGCUGACUUUGGCUCCUGCCUCAAACUCAUGGAAGAUGGAACAGUCCAGUCCUCUGUGGCAGUUGGGACUCCGGACUACAUCUCUCCAGAGAUCCUGCAGGCUAUGGAGGAUGGGAAGGGAAAGUACGGGCCGGAGUGUGACUGGUGGUCUCUGGGUGUUUGCAUGUAUGAAAUGCUUUAUGGAGAGACGCCUUUUUAUGCCGAGUCCCUGGUGGAGACCUACGGCAAAAUCAUGAACCAUAAGGAGCGAUUUCAGUUUCCCCUUCAGAUGACAGAUGUGUCUGAUGACGCUAAAGAUCUGAUUCGACGGCUCAUCUGCAGCAGAGAACACCGACUGGGCCAAAACGGCAUUGAUGACUUUAAACAGCACCCGUUUUUUGCCGGCAUCGACUGGGACAACAUCCGCACCUGCGAGGCUCCCUAUAUCCCUGAUGUCAGCAGCCCCACCGACACCUCUAAUUUUGAUGUGGAUGACGACUGCCUCAAAAACUGUGAGACGUUGCCACCACCUUCCCACACAGCAUUUUCUGGACACCACCUCCCAUUUGUUGGCUUCACCUACACAAGCAAAUGCACACUGUCAGACCGAGGUUGUCUACAGGAGUCUAUUGGACCUGCACAGGUAGAUGCUGAUCUACAACGCAGUCUGGAGGAGAGCCUGGCCUCUGAGGCCUAUGAGAGAAGGAUUCAACGCCUAGAACAGGAGAAGACCGAACUUUCCCGCAAGUUACAAGAGUCCACUCAAACAGUGCAAGCACUGCAGUGCCCUGAUUCAGACUCCCCAGUGAAUGCUAAUAAAGAGGUUGAGAUUCGGAGUUUAAAGAGUGAGAUUGACAUCCUGAAAAAACAGAUAGCAGACUCCGGUCAACGGGAACAGCAAUUGGAGGAGGCCACCACAGCCCAUAGAGACCUGGAAGACUCUUCUAAGUUCAUCAAGAAUUUAGAGAAACGGCUAAAGAGUGUCACACAAGAGAAAGAUGUCCUGCACAAGGAGCUGCUUGAUUUGGGGGAAAAAAUGAAAGCUCAAGGGAAGGAACUGAAGGAGGCUCACACUCAGAAAAAGAUGGCCAUGGAGGAAUUGUCUGUGCUGAACGGACAGCUAAGCGAUCUGCGCUCACAUAAGCAGUGGCUGAGCCGACAGCUUCGAGACAAAGAGGAGGAGCUGGAGGGAGUGUCGCAGAAACUGGAGGCUCUGCAGCUAGAUAUCCGCAAGUCUGAGAGAGUACGCAAAGAGUUUGAGGCCCAGGCUGAGGAACAGGCAACAGAAGCUCAGAAAGAAAGAAAGCUACGAGAGAGAACCGAACAGUACAGCAGACAACUGGAGGAAGAUUUGGAGGGGAUGAAGCAGGUGAAACAGUCCGGGCCCCCCCACACAGCUGCGAGCUCAGACCAGCAGCAGGAGCUGAUGCGCGUUCGGGCUGAGCUGGAAAAGAAGAACGUGCAGUACGAGGAGGAGCUGUGUCGCCGCGAGGCGCUCCACAGCAGUGAGCUGAAGGGUCUCAAAAAGGAGCUGCAUGAUGUCGAGGGUCAACACCUCACACUCCAGAAAGAGAUUCUCAUGCUCAAAGACAAACUGGAGAAAACACGCAGAGAAAGCCAAACAGAGCGAGAGGAGUUUGAGACUGAGUACAAGCAGAAAUACGAAAGGGAGAGAGUCCAUCUGACAGAAGAGAACAAAAAACUCACUAGCGAAGUGGAGAAGCUGAGCUCUCUGUGUGAGCUGAUGAGCAGUAGUCACAGGCAGCAGGAGGAGGAGAUGAGAGAGCUGGCUGAUAAGAAGGAAAGUGUGGCCCACUGGGAGGCACAGAUCACAGAGAUCAUUCAGUGGGUGAGCGAUGAGAAAGAUGCUCGUGGUUACCUACAAGCUCUGGCCACAAAAAUGACAGAGGAGCUUGAAGGGCUCAGGAACACCAGCUUGGGGGCCAGAGGAACGGACAUGCCGUGGAAGAUGAGGCGCUUGGCUAAGCUGGACAUGUCUGCCCGUCUGGAGCUGCAGUCUGCAUUGGAUGCUGAGAUCAGAGCCAAACAGGCCAUCCAGGAUGAGCUAAACAAAGUCAAAGCAUCCAACAUGGCCACUGAUUGCAAACUGCAAGAAUCUGAAAUUAAGAACCAGGAACUGCUGACAGAAAUUGAGAGACUGAGGAAGGAGAUGGAGGAACUGAGGAUGAGAAAAGGUGUGAAGCAUCAGGAUUCUCAGAAUUCCUUUUUGGCCUUCCUCAAUGCACCCACCUCUGUUCUGGAUCAGUUUGAUCGGUCACCUUCUUUUGGUCCUGGAAGCAAAACCAGACGUCUUGACUCUGCAGAUUUUACACCCUCCAACACACCUUCACGAGAUGAUGACUCGAGAUCUCGCCGUAUAUCACGCUCACGCUCCCCAUCCACCGCCAGUGAUAUGGAGCCUAUUGAGUUGAUUGACCACUCGUCACGUAGUCUUCAGACUCCAGUCAGGUCAGGCUAUGGAAGUCUGGGACACUCUGGAAAGCCCAAGGCACAUCAGUUUAUUGUGAAGUCCUUCACUGUUCCUGCCAAAUGUAACCACUGCUGCUCUCUGAUGGUGGGACUGAUCCGUCAGGGCUGCACCUGUGAAGUCUGCAACUUCUCCUGUCACGUCACAUGUGCUGACAAAGCCCCUUCUGUAUGCCCUGUCCCACCAGACCAAACCAAGGGCAAACUGGGCAUCGACACACAGAGGGGCAUUGGCACCGCAUAUGAGGGACAUCUGAGGGUUCCAAAGCCAACAGGGGUUAAGAAGGGUUGGCAGAGGGUCUGGGCAGUGGUGUGUGACUUUAAACUCUUCCUGUAUGAGCUUGGAGAAGGAAAGGGUGCCCAGCCUGGUGUCGUAGUUAACCAGGUCAUUGACAUGAGGGAUGAGGAGUUUUCCGCAAGCUCUGUUCUGGAGUCUGAUGUUAUCCAUGCUAACAAGAAGGAUAUCCCGUGCAUUUUUAGGGUAACAGCAUCUCAGCUGUCCGCAUGCUCCCGUCAGAAGACAUGCAUCCUGAUACUGGCCGACAACGAGCAAGAGAGAACGAAGUGGGUGUGUGCACUGAACGAACUUCACCGAAUCCUGAAGAAAAACAAGCUGAAGGAGCGCUUCGUCUAUAUGCCUAAAGAAGCCUACGACAGCACGCUACCUCUCAUCAAAACCACCCAAGCUGCUGCUAUUAUAGAUCAUGAGCGGGUUGCUUUGGGGAAUGAAGAAGGCCUGUUUGUCAUCCACGUCACCAAAGAUGAAAUCGCCCGUGUGGGUGACAUUAAGAAAGUGCAGCACAUAGAGCUGAUCCCAUCAGAGCAGCUGCUGGCCGUCAUUUCGGGCAGGAACCGGCAAGUGUGUCUGGUCCCCAUGGCUGGGCUUGACGGGCGAGAGAUGGACAAGAAUAAAGUGGCAGACACUAAAAACUGCCAGGCGCUGGUGUCCGGUGUGGUGCGCAAUUGCACCUGCUUCUGCCUGGCCAUUAAACGACAGAUCUCCUUCUUUGAAAUAAACAAGAGCAAGUCUCGCCACUGCCAUCUCAUGGACAUACAAGCUCCUGGAACUGUCCAGUGGAUGGCGCUGUUCAGUCAGCAGUUAUGUGUAGGCUAUCAAUCAGGCUUUAUGCGGUAUAGCAUAUAUGGAGAAUCCCCUCCGGUCAGUUUACUCCAUCCAGAUGACCCCACGCUGGCCUUCAUCAGAGCGGAAAACCUGGAUGCACUUUGUGCUGUGGAGAUCACCAGUAAAGAACUGCUGCUCUGCUUCAGCAAAAUCGGAGUGUACGUGGACACACAUGGCAGACGCUCUCGGCAACAGGAGCUCAUGUGGCCCGCGAUACCCACGGCCUGCUGCUACAACGCCCCCUACCUUUCAGUUUACAGUGAAAAUGCAGUGGAUGUGUUUGAUGUGAACACUAUUGAAUGGAUUCAGACCAUUCCUCUCAAAAAGGUUCGGCCGUUGAACACGGAUGGCUCUUUGAAUCUGCUGGGCUUAGAGACGGUCAGGCUCAUCUACUUCAGAAACAAGACUGCAGAGGGGGAUGAACUGGUGGUGCCUGAUGUGUGCGAUAACAGCAGGAAGCAGAUGGUGCGCAGCAUGAGCAAUAAGAGACGAUUCUCAUUUCGCAUUCCUGAGGAGGAGCGACUGCAGCAGAGGAGAGAGAUGUUGAGAGAUCCAGAAAAGAGGAAUAAGCUGAUCUCAAAUCCUACGAAUUUUAACCAUGUUGCUCAUAUGGGGCCUGGAGAUGGAAUGCAGAUCCUCAGAGAUCUGCCCAUGAAUGUGCGUGCUCAGGACAACCGGGCCGGGUUCAGUGGCUCUGUCAGCAUCCCGUCCAUUACCAAGAACCGAGCUGAACCUGGGAGAUCCAUGAGCGCAAGCAGUGGGCUGGGAAUACGGUCUUCCUCACAGAAUGGCAGUGCUCUAAGGAGAGAGAUGUCGGGUGGCAGCUAUAGCUUUAAGCGCCAGACCAUGACAUCACCCUCAGAGAGCUCGCUGUCGUCAGGUGGAGGCAUGGAUGUGGGCGAAGCUCCGCUCUCUCAGUUUGAUCGAGAGUGGCAGGCCGUAUCACCCUCGGAGAAGACCCCCGAUUUGAAAAGGGCUUUAAGGACCCUGCUUAGUAAGAUGAAGGACUCUGAUUCGCCGCGGCACUCCACUGCCUCCAACAGCUCCACCUUUAGCAGCCCGCCAAGCCCCGCCUCUCCGCACAAGACUAAGUCCCUCUCAUUGGAGAGCACAGACCGCACAGGGUGGGACACAUGAU